AUGAAUGCCGUCCACGAGGUUUACAAGAUCGGUAGGGCUCAGACCCUCAUCGCGCUGUGUAGUACUGUCCCAGGCUACUGGUUCACGGUUACGUUUAUUGAUAUCAUGGGAAGAUUCGCGAUCCAGCUAAUGGGAUUCUUUUUCAUGACCGUGUUUAUGUUCGCUAUAGCUUUCCCUUACGACCACUGGAUCAAACCAGACAACCGCAUUGGAUUCGUCAUUAUUUACUCCUUAACUUUCUUCUUUGCAAACUUCGGUCCAAAUGCAACUACAUUUGUUGUUCCUGCCGAGAUUUUCCCGGCCAGGUUGAGAUCCACUUGCCAUGGAAUAUCAGCCGCGGCAGGAAAGGAAGGAGCCAUUGUGGGUGCGUUUGGAUUCCUAUACGCGGCUCAGUCAAAAGAUAAGACCAAGACGGACGCAGGAUAUCCACCGGGUAUAGGUGUCAAGAACUCGUUGAUCAUGCUUGGUGUUAUCAACUUUGUUGGUAUGAUCAUGACGUUUUUAGUGCCAGAAUCCAAAGGCAAGUCUCUUGAGGAACUCUCGGGUGAAAAUGUAAAUGACGAGACAGCGGCCUCGGGAAGAAACUAA